GAGCGGCCAUGGGUUGGACGAGUUCCCAGCUGCAAUCGCAACGCCGUCCUUGAGCUUGUCGUCGCUGCUGCUGCCUCCGCUGCCGCCGCCGUCGUCGCUGUCCCCGCCGUACAGCACGGGCCUCUUGGAUCUAUCGGCCUUGCCCUCGAUACCCAGAUAAUGCACCUUAGACCCCUACUACACCUCCCAAUUAGUACUAUAUCGCUCCACCGCUUGUCGUCAUUUCUUUCCUGCUAAACUUGCGGCAUACCGUCCUCGUAUUUCGGUCUCGCUGCUGCUAGAGCUUGUGCGACUUAUAUUCUAUUCGCUUCGUCGGCUGCGUUCGUGCUGCCUGACCGACCUAUGUCGCCCCGAGCAACAUACGAACCUCCUUGGCCCGCACAGACGCCCCCUCCACCCGAACCCUCUUCAUCCUCCUCGUCACCGAAAAGAAAGCGCCGGAGACUGUCUGUAGAGGAGCAGCCCACAAAACGACAGAUAGCUGACCAGUCAGAAGUUUCUCAAGCACUGCAGAAUUGCUCAAACCAGGGCAACGACGUGUUUUCCUGUUUCCCCGAUGGACAGACAGUGGUCCCACAACACGAGUACUGCUACUUCGUCUGGAAUAGCAAGCUUCCGUACUGGCAAUAUACGGACAGCGUUGACGUGUACCUGUUCCACGCCGACACUAACCAGCCGGUGACCUCUCUGCUCAACCAGCCUAAUUCUUGGGAACGGACAGGCAGAACUUCGCUACAGGUGAACGACCAGUGGUUCGGUGAGAGAGGAAGAGCAUGGGACAACAGUCCAAUAUCAUACCCUUUCUACUGGGCGGUCGUGAGCGCCGGCGGGUCCCCAGUGUCGUUACCAUACUCUCCAGCAACCUUCACCGCAGUCCAGACAACAUACCUAGACGUUGUUGCGUCGUCUCUAAGCUCCGCGUCUUCAGCAUCUGCUGCGUCCUCAUCGCGUGCAGCAGAGUCGUCCAGGUCUGCGUCAUUAACUUCCGGGGUCUCAGCUGGAGCAAGUCCAACCGGUUCUGGCUCUGGAUCUGGAACAAUACCCUCGAACAGCUCCGGAGGUGCAGGCCCUCGCGGGAGCGGCUCCGCAGGCGACGGCGGCGGAAAUGUACAGGCUGGGGCCAGUAGCUCAUUCCCUCACGGCGCCAUCGCCGCAAUCGUGGUGCUUGGGUUCCUGGCUCUUGUAGCUUCUGGGAUCCUUAUAUUCCUGAUCAUGCGGCGAAUGCGCGCACGGCGAGCGAACGCCAACCGCACAUCCAUGGGCUCUGAAUCGCCUAUGAUGGCGAAUGUUGGAGGCAUGGGUGGUCCUCAAUCGCCGCUUCUGGGUGAGGCUGGCCUGGCUGCCGCAGGCAUGGGCGCUGGUGCUGCUGCAGGAGCUGCGUCUUCCAUUCACCACGAACACCCACCAUCAGUUGCUCCGGACGACGGCGCGUCUACGAUAUCCCAGGCGCACUCAGCAAGCGAACCCGUUCCGUUCUCGGGUGCAGAUGCCGCAAUCAUGGCGGACGCUUUCCGGAAAGCAUUGCGGAAACCCGACUUUGCAGGGAGGCCCGUAGAAGAGGGAGAAAGCCCGGAAGCUAAUAAUGGAAGCGGAAGGAACUCGGAGCUAUUGAACCGGGAGUUGGCAGAAGAAGGAAGGGACAUCCGAAGUGUCAGUUCCUCGAGAGGGGUGCGGGUGGAAACACUCAGCGAUGCAGGUGAUACAGCACAGGAUAAUCCGCAUUGAUGGUCAUGGGCUUCCUGGUUGUUAGUGCGUGCUACACGUGUCCUCUUGCUUUUACGCUUUCCUUCUUCGCUUUUACUGGGCGUCACUGUGUAUGGGUCCUCGUGCAGUCUGUGUUGUCAGCGUCAUAUCAUCCCUUUGUCACAUUCGUCGCAUCCUCGUCCUCCGCUUCCAACUUGACUUUAUUCGCUUCCUUCGCUCAUGCAUUAUACCGCGGUCUCAUUUAUCUUCCUCCCCGGGAUCAGCUGCUUGCCAUAUCCGUUUCCUAUCUUGGCCACGGACCAGCUUCACAGUACGUUACAGUACUGAAUCUUUUUAAAUCUCCGGACAUUGUUUUCUCAUUCAAGUAUAUUUUUUAUGUAGUCUCAAUGUUCCUGUCGCGCGUGUUUUCUGUUGCCCACUCCUGUCCCCCUCAUAAUGUAUGAGGGUUCCCUCCCAUUCCUUCGGCGCUUCUGUCACAUUUACCCCUCCGCGACCGUCGUCAGUCUCGCCGCCCUUCUCCCCUCACCUUCCCGCUUCUCGUGCCCGGCCUUGGUCCUCGUUGUCCCAGGCGGACGGAUGACAUCUGACGUGGCUCCACUCGUACCUGAUCUCGUCUUUUCUACCGACUUAUCCCAUUCGCCUUGAUCCUGUCUCACGUUGUCGCCCUCCAUACGGACACCGCCCCACCUCCAACUGGUCGCGCCGGUUUCACGAGAAACUGCGCGGCGUUUCCACGUUCGUUACUAUUUAUGUGGUUCUAUGCUGAGCGCGGCGCUGGGAAGAAGAGACUUAUAGUACAUUCCAUCCCCCCACGUAUGACAUUCUAUAAUGACCAUUUGUACUCUUUUCCGGAUCAAUCGAGUCGUUCCAAGUCGGCGAAUUUGCUGGAUUCGACACGGU